AUGGCAAGCACGAAUCUCCAGCUUCACGAGGUCCCAGUAGCUGACAGACCGCCCACCCCAUGGCUGCGAAGGCUCAAGGCCAUCCAGUUCAUCCUCAUAUUCGAUCUCGGAUGUCUUCUCAAUAACGCAUGCCAUUUCAUGCUGUUGCCCAUCCGAAUUCUUCCUUUUCGGUGUACAAGGGGAUUGUACGACGAAGGGAUACGGUAUACCAAGGGUGCAUUUGGGUGCCUCCUGAUAUUGGCAUGUCAAUGGUUUGCCCCUACUACCCUCAGCAUAACCUUUGAAGAGCAAGGUCAAGGACGUCUUACCAAGGAUGAAAUAGACCAGAUCGUGUCCCGCGACGAAAGUGGCAAGGUCAUCGGACUUAAACUGCCCAAGAAGUCAGUUCUAAUAGCCAACCACCAAAUGUAUGCCGACUGGUGGUACGCGUGGUGCCUCGCUUAUUUCAUGGAUGCACAGAAGGACGUCUUUAUCGUCCUCAAGAAGAGCCUGAAGUGGCUUCCAAUUGUUGGCUGGGGCAUGCAAUUCUUUAGGUUCAUUUUCUUGGCCCGCUCUUGGGCAUCCGACAGAGUAGCACUUGCAAGACAGUUGUCAAGACUUGGCAAGCAAGCUCAAGAAGAGGAUAAACCGUUUCUAUUCUUGCUCUAUCCUGAGGGGACGCUUGUCAGCAAAGACACAAGACCGAUCAGUAAGAAGUUCGCUGAGAAACAAGGGAUAUCUGACAUGAAGCAUACACUUUUACCGCGGUCAACGGGCCUGCAUCACAGCCUGCGGUCAUUAGUUCCCCGUAUACCGCGCUUGAAACUUAUCGACGCCACGGUUGUUUACCCUGGUAUUCCACCAAUGGGAUACGGGCAAACUUAUUAUACUCUGCGUUCCAUCUUCAUGAACGGUGUCCCACCUCCGGUGAUUCACAUCCAUCUCCGGGUAUUUGACGUGGGCGAGGAGGUCCCUAUCGGAGACUUGUCGAAUAGUAACCCUUCAGCAUUGCCAAAUCUUUCAAGUAGUAAGAAGAUCGCGGAGACGGAUAUUCCGGAAGCUGAGAAGAACGAGUUCGACUUAUGGCUCAGAAAUCUAUGGCGGGAGAAGGACCUGAUGUUUGACGCGUACCACUCCGCGAAACGGUUUGCUUCGGGGGGAACAACUGUGCCAGUGGAGAUUCCCGUUCGGCUACGGAGCUCUCGCGAAGUUUGGGACGCAUUUUGUUUCUUCCUGCCCGUGGUGUUAGUGACAUAUGUAUGGCGUAGGUUCGUGUAG